ACACAAUGAUGGGAGUAAGCACAGGGAUGAACCAGGCUCUCAUCAGCAGCAAUCCCCUGGCCACAAUGCAAGCUCUGGCUGCCAGUGGUGGGCAGCUGCCCAUUUCCAGUCUUGAGGCUGGAGGUCAGAUGAUCCUAGGCGGGGCUGGGGUUCGCCCCUCCCUAUUCCUAAACCGCCACACCCUCCUGCCUAUGGCGUCCCACCAAGCGGGCGUGGGAUUGGUUGGCGGUCCCAGGGGCGCUUCUCCGCCCCCCGGCGCCGGCGGCAUGGACGUCGACUCCUGCUCCGCCUCUCCCUGCUCCAGCCCUGCCUCCUUCUGCUCGUUCAGCGAAGCCUCACCGCCACCGCUUGGCGGGGCCAUGACCGAGUGACAACGACACAACCCAAAGGAUCCUAUCAGAAGGAGGAGGAGGAGGAGUUUUAGUGGAGCUUUACAGAAAAACCUCGCCUUUCAACCAAAGCCAUCUCUCUCUCCCUCCAUUUGUCACCUCCGCUCUCUCUCCCGGAGUCUUUCGAAGCCAAAAAAUACACAGAUUGAAAGAGGAAGAAGAGAGCGAGGAAUAAUGGAGAGGAGGAGAGAACAGGAGAACGGGGAGAUUUAAACCAAAAAAAUUAUCUAUCUAUACAGUUGGAGAGGUGGCAUUGUGUAGAGUUUUGUCGGCAGUGAAUGCUAAUGUACAUUUACUCCUUUGGAAAAGAACAAAUGAGCUGAAAAAACUGGAUGAAAAAGAGGGCAGGGAUGAGAACUGAACUAAGACUUUGUGUGAGAAAUGGGUGGCAAGGACAGGAAAGGAAGGAAAGACUUUCAACAAGCUUCAGCGGAUAGAUGGAAAGAAAACCAAAUAAUAAAACCUACAAGGGAAAAACACACAAAGACAAAAAUGACAAACAUGCCAAAAUCUCCAAAACCGAAAUACCAAAAACUGAAACCAAAAAAACCGGAGAGAAAAGCUUUACUUAAAAGACUUAUGAUUCUGAUCUGUCCAGGAUCAGCACAUCAACCACACUCAAAAACGCCAAAAACAUGUAUCAUUUCAUCGUAAUAUGUUCUUUUUAAAUUUUGCAACACUUAUCUUUGUAUUUUAUAUGAUUUGAGCUAUGAUUUGAUAUAGGUAUCUUUAGUAGUGUCAGUCCUCCCACAUAUCUUUGCCUACCUCUCCAGUGGCUCUCCAGUUUCAACCUAUUUACAGUACGAAACCGUGUUGUGGAUUUAGCAGUCACCUCAGACAAUUAACAAUUAGUAACUUUACAACUUAUUUUGUGGUUUAUUUUCUUAAUCCAUUUCCAUUGUUUAUUUCAAAUGUUUCUCAUUGAAUCGUCAUGAUCAUCAUAAUUAUCAUCAUCAUAAUUAGGGUUAUUAACUUCAACAUUUGUUUAAUAUGAUGAGAUAUUGUUACCUCCUUUGUUUCAUAACUUCUUAUGUACAGUGGGGUCCAAAAUGAUUGACACCCUUGAUAAAUAUGAGCAAUAAUGACUGUGUAAAAUAAAUAAUUCAAAUACUGGGCUAUAUUCUAUGCUAAAUAAAUUAGGAAAUUAUAUUAUUUUAUACUAAUAAUUGCUCAGAGAAAGAGAUUUUGUUUAACAAGUAAUAAAAAAAAAUAAAAAAAAGAUGGGUCAAAAUUAUUGGCACCCCUGUUUUCAAUUCUCUAGCACCCUCUCCUUGCAAGGAUAAGGACACUGAGCCUUUUUCUAAAAUGUUUUAUGAGAUUGGAGAACACGUUGGGAGGGAUGUUAG